AUGAUAAGAGACAUAUACCCACUAUUAUCAUUAGCUGCUGAAAUAUUUUCAUGUGCACCAAUUAGUACAGCAACUGUGGAGCGCGAUUUUAGUACAAUGAAUAGAAUAUUAACUGGUUUACGAAAUCGCUUAACAACAGAACAUUUGAGAAAAUUAAUGCGAAUAUCAAGAGAAGGACCAGCUGAUUUAGAUGAUGAUAUAAAAAAUAUAAUUAUUGAUUGUUGGAAAAGUAAAAAAUUACGGAAAAUUUCGGUUUAA